AUGGCGACAACGCCCAUCGAACACCCCUCGACUGUCAGCAGUCUGCCCACGCGCCAGAAGCCUAUUCCAUACUCCUUCGCCAAUGGCCGGCGCACCCCGCUGUCGUCCAUCCUCCCUCCCCUCGUCUUCGGUACGGCCACGUUCAACUCCCAGUACAACACCGACCCCUUCGCGCUCGACACAACUGGUCUCGUGACCUCGGCGCUCACACACGGCAUUCGCGCUUUCGAUACCUCGCCUUACUACGGCCCAUCCGAACAACUGCUCGGCGAUGCGCUUGCGACACCAUUCGUUCGGGAGACGUUCCCGCGCAACUCAUACAUGAUCCUGACCAAGGUCGGGCGGACAGGGAGCGAAGAGUUCGACUACAGCAAGGAGUGGGUGCGCCAGAGCGUCAACAGGAGUUUGGAGAGACUACACACUGAAUACCUGGACAUGGUAUACUGCCACGACGUCGAGUUCGUGAGCCCGGCGGAGGUUUUGGAAGCAGUCAAGGAACUCCGCCGCCUUAGGGACAAAGAGGGCACAGUUCGGUAUAUUGGUAUCUGUGGAUACCCACUGGACGUGCUGGGCGACAUGGCUGAGCUCAUCCUCCGCGAGACCGGCGAGCCACUCGAUGCGGUGCAGUCCUACGCCAACUUCACGCUCCAGAACCAGUCGCUCGCCGGCCCGCGCGGCAUCUUGCGCCUGAAGAAUGCAGGCGUCGACGUCGUCCCGAACGCCUCCAUCCUUGGUAUGGGCCUCCUCCGACACGACGGCAUACCCGUUGGUGGCCUCGGAGACUGGCACCCUGCCCCAUCUUCUCUCCGCGAGGCAGUGCGCAAAGCGAGCCACUUCUGCGACGACUACGGCGAGCGCAUCGAGGUUAUCGCCAUCCGCUUCGCGCUCGAGACAUGGAUAUCUGCUGGCGCGCUGUGUGGAUCCCGCGGAGAUCCCGCAUCGGGCGUGCCCUGGACCCACGAGUCCAUCGACGACGUCGGUGGCUCCAAGCUGGGUGUCAGUGUCAUCGGUGUCUCGCGCGCACCCGAGUUGGAGAAGACAAUGCUCGUUUGGCGAUCUAUUCUCGAUGGAUUGGAGGGCGGCAAGGAGACUGCGGUUCAAGCAGGCCGGUGGUACCGCGCGUGGGAGUGGAGCAGGAACCGCAGGAAGGCAGUGCAGAUCCUCGCCGAGGGGGUCCAAGAGGUGCUCGGUGAUGGCUUUGGCUACGAAUGGGCGAGCCCUGAACCGGGGUUCGUCAACAAGAGGGUGAAGGAUGCGAAGAAGGCAGCGCAAAGUGAUGCGCCUGCGGCGUGGUUGACGCCCGCUGCGAGCCCGGAGGCGGUGCCGGUGAAGGAUGCAGGCGAGGUCGCCGAGGACAAGUCUCUGCCGCUACGGUAA